AUGGCGAUCCUGGCGCUCACCACAUCCCUUGAAGAUAUGCGAGAACGGAUAUGUAGAAUUGUGAUUGGCUCCGACAUAAAUGGGAAGGCAGUCACAGCGGAUGACCUGGGCGUUACAGAUGCCCUGACGGUGCUCAUGAGAGACACUGUGCGUCCAAAUCUGAUGCAAACGCUCGAAGGGACCCCUGUGUUCGUGCAUGCCGGACCAUUUGCCAACAUUGCCCAUGGACAAAGCAGUAUUCUUGCAGAUAAACGGAUGCUGCCGGCUACCACCGGUGGACCACCGCCGUGCAUUUUCAAGGCUCGAACGGUAGCCACCAAGACCACCGCUGAUGGCUGCAGCCCAGAGUAUCUGAAAUCAAGUUGUACGGCAAUGCCCAUCAAUUGCUGA